UCGUUGAUCCACUGUUUUACUACAGUACCUCUUUCAUGGAAAUCACUGUUCAAUGCUGCAAGCAAUCUAAGAAUGAUCCCUUUGAUGAUAAUGAUUCUGAAAAUGGAACCCUUUUGCCAGGCCUCCCUGACGAUCUUGCUCAACGCUGUCUCUCUUCUCUUUCUCCUUCUCUUCUUUUCUCUGUUUGCCAUUCAUGGCGUCGCCUCCUUUACUCUCCUUCUUUCCCUCCCUUUUUCUCCCUCUAUGCUCUUCUUUCUCCUUUGCAUAAUCCCACUAUGGCACUCCAUAGAGAAGUUGUUCCUCAAUCCACAAUUGUAUUCUUCUCCUUUGAUCCAAUAUCGUCAUCUUGGAGACCUCUUCCUAGCCCUCCUCAAAACCCUUCUUUCCAUCUCCUCCGUCGUCACCCUUCUUUUCUUUCUCGCAACCUUCCAAUCCAAUCCUUGACAGUCUCCAACCAUUUAAUCGUCAUAGCUGCCACCACUCAAAAUCUUUUCCCAGCUCUUUCCAGCCCUUUAGUCUUCCACCCAGAGUCUAACAUCUGGUUUUAUGGCCCCCAAAUCUCCGCCCCUCGACGGUGGUGUGCUGCAGGCUCAGCCCAAGAUGUGGUCUACAUGGCAAGCGGUUUUGGCUCCCAUUACCAAGGAGAUGUAGCAAGGUCAUUGGAACAGUGGGACCUAAACAAGAAGAGAGAAAAUUGGGGAUGGGAAAACAAGGCAGGGCUUAAAGAUGGAAGGUUUAGUAGAGAAGCAGUGGAAGCAGUUGGGUGUAGAGGGAAACUUUGCAUGGUUAAUGUCAAAGGAAAUGCAUUGAAAGAAGGUGCAGUUUAUAACGUGGGAUUGGAUAAGUGGGAAGACAUGCCUGUAGGGAUGGUUGCUGGUUGGAAUGGACCAGCAGCCUCGAUGGAUGAAGAUGAGAUUUAUGUGAUUGAUGAAGUGAAAGGAAGGUUAAGCAAAUACGAUGGUGAAAAAGAUUGUUGGGUGAAAGUGAUCGAGUUGGAGCAACUUAAACGUGCGGAACAUAUAGCAGCAGGGAGAGGGAAAAUAUGUGCAGUUUCAGCCAAAGGGGAAAGGAUUAUAGUGGUGGAUGUAAGGGACAAGCCUACCAGGUUUUGGGAGGUGGAGCCACCAUGUGGAUUGGAAGUGGUGGCUGUGCAUGUUUUGCCUAGGAUGAUUAGUAGACAACACUAGUUAAUGUCACAAAUC